AUGCGAUGUUGUAGGAAAAUUAUGCAUGCAAUGUGGAAGCCACAAAAGUUCAAGAUGAUAUAUCUGAUGGCAACUCUAUAUGUGCUGACCCUAACUUUGCCAUCAGCAGCUGCAGUGCAUUGGACAUUUGGGGACAUACUCCUUACCCAUUCCAACGCCCUAUCUUUACUCCCAAGGACAGGAUUCAGGGACACAGCUGUGAUACUCAUGCUCAUUCACCAGUUCAUAACCUUUGGAUUUGCUUGUACUCGUCUGUAUUUUGUGUGGGAGAAGUUCAUUGGAGUACACGAAACAAAGAGUGUGGUGAAGAGGGCAAUGGCUAGACUUCCGGUUGUAAUUCCAAUAUGGUUCCUGGCAAUCAUUUUUCCUUUCUUUGGCCCUAUCAACUCAGUUGUUGGAUCUCUCCUGGUCAGCUUCACCGUUUACAUAAUCCCUGCCUUAGCACACAUGGUCACCUUUGCUUCAGCACCGGCUAGGGAGAAUGCAGUAGAGAGGCCUCUGUCAUAUUUGGGAGGAUGGAUGGGUUUGUACGCCAUGAACGUGUUUGUGGUGGUGUGGGUUUUGGUGGUGGGUUUUGGGUUGGGAGGAUGGGCAAGCAUGGUCAAUUUCAUACGCCAAGUCGGCACUUUCGACCUCUUUGCCAGGUGCUAUCAAUGUCCUCCUCACAGGCCUUGA